GCGUUGUUUAAGCCCCUCUGACAGUUGGGGCUGGUGGUCUCAUCACAACAUCAUCAGGGCGUUUCAGGCAACGCUCAAACACAACGUAGCAGUCCCCCUUAUCUCGGAAUUGGUCCUCCCUGAAUGGGAUAACAGUUCCUUUCCAUACAGACGACAUGAGAUGUUGAUGUGGUAAAAAUGAACAAACCCAAAAUGGCCACAGAGAAGGGUGUCCCCAGUAACUCUAGGGUCCUGAUGCUCCUGGGCCAACUGGAGAGGAUGAACGGAGAAGCCAUGCUGAAGGAUGUCGAAACGGCAAGACAGGUCACUGCAAAGAUACUUCAUCUCAUACAGACACAGGAGAAGAGCGGAAAAGAGGUGAUGUCCAAAGGCUCCACUGGCAUGGAGGUCAUCCUGUCUUCGCUUGAGAACUCCCGGGAUGUCCAGACCACUCUGAACAUUUUGUGCAUUGUCAGUGAGCUGCUGACUGUGGGCAGAGGACGCAGGGUGGGAGUGUUUGUUUCUAAAGGAGGAACUGGGGUAUUAUUCCAGCUUCUGAUUAAUGCCAGCAAAGAGUUUCCUCCCAGUGAGGAACUUAUGCUGCAGCUUCACUCACUGCUGGCGAAGGUCGGCCCAAAAGACAGAAAGUUUGGAGUGAAGGCACGGUUGAGCGGAGCUCUGAACGUCACAAUCAACUUAAUGAAACAGAACCUACUGAAUAACAAACUACUUCUGCCCUGCCUGCAGGUUCUCAGGGUUUACUCUACCAACUUGGUGAACGCUGUGUCUUUGGGUAAGAACGGAGUGGUGGAGCUGAUGUUCAAGAUCGUAGCGCCGUACAGCAAGAAGAACACCAGUCUGCUCAAGGUAGCUCUGGAUGCACUGGGAGCUCUGCUCAAAUCCAAAACUAAUGCUCGCCGUGCAGUGGAUGGUGGAUUUGUGACCGUCUUGCUGGCUCUGUACCUGGACUGGCACCGCAAUGACACACGGCAUCGCCACAUGCUAAUUCGCAAAGGGCUGCUGGUCUGCCUCAGGAACAUCACCAACAUCAAGCUCGGCAGGAAAGCAUUCAUAGAGGCUGAUGGCAUGAGGAUCCUUUACAACACAUCCACCGAGUGUCUCCCGGUGAGGACUCUGGAUCCACUGAUCAACACUUCCAGUCUCAUCAUGAGGAAGUGUUUUCCUAAGAACCGUCUGCCUGUGCCCACCAUCAAAUCAGCCUUCCACUUCCAGCUGCCAAAUGUACCUGCUGCGGGCCCUGUGGCACAGCUGUACAACCAGCCACCUGGGGUGGAUGAUGUAGUGGACGAAAGUGACGAUAAUGAGGAGGCAGAUGCAGACACGGAGAACGAUACUGAGAACGACGACGAUGACAAGGAUCUACUCGUUGCGAAUGACGACAUAGAGACGGACCUGAACAAGCUACACCCCAAAAGGAACCCUGGACGUCCUCUCGAAGAGUUGAAGGUGUAUGAGAGGUUCUUCCUGGAGCUUUCUGAAGACUUCCAGGGCUACAACUUUGAUUGCUCAAAGAGUGCCUCUACCACAUCUGCAUCAUCACCCUUCUCCUCAUCAUCAGCCACAACUCAAUCCUCUCGGCCGAUUAUAGUGCCCACAGCUCAAGCCCUGUCCCCAACGCACGUCCCCGUACCGAGCUCUCAGAAGGAUUGCAACUCGACCAAAGGAAAACACACCCUGCCGUCUCCGUCUGCACCCACUCCCACUCUUCCUGCUCCUCUGACUCCUCUCGAACUGGACACCAUCCACCUCACCAAGGACCAAGACAAAAAAGAGAAGUCCCACAUUCCUUCCCCCGACACAGGUACAAAAUUGUCUCCUUCUCAGGGGCAGAUGAUACAACAGGAGCUAGCGAAUGUGUUGGAGCGUGUCUCUCUAGAAGAGGCAGGGGUCCUGAAGGCAGAGGAAGAAGGAGGAAACGGAGACAAACAGGAAGAAUCGCCAGUCAGUGCCACAAGACACAUACAGUCUCCUCUGCUCUUGGGGGGUAUUGCUGCUCGACGUGUGGGAGGAGGAGGCAGUAACUUUGGUUCAGAUUGUGGCUCAGAGGGUGCUGAGGAUGAGGGGGGAGAGGGAGCAGUUCUGGAGGUGCCAGACACGGCGCUGCUCCUCCCGCUGCAUGACCCUGACCUUUACGUGGAGAUGGUGAAGGGGACACGCUCUGUACCCGAGUAUGCUGAGGUGGCUUACCCCGACUAUUUUGGCCACGUAGCCCCAACAUUUAAAGAACCCCUUCUGGAGAGAGUUUAUGGUGUCCAGAGGUCUAAGAUAUACCAGGACAUUGAGAGGUUGAUUCAUCCUAAUGAUAUACUGGAUAAAGCUGUUUACGACCUGGACAUUCCGAGUUGUCCUGUGAUCGAAGAUAAUGGCGAGUCCCUGAAGUUUAACUCUCAGUUUGAGUCUGGCAACCUCAGGAAGGCAGUACAAGUUAGGAAAUAUGAGUAUGACCUUGUGCUGAACUCGGAUGUCAACAGUAAUCACUACCACCAGUGGUUCUAUUUUGAGGUGAGCGGUAUGCGUGUUGGAACAGUCUACCGCUUCAACAUCAUCAACUGUGAGAAGUCAAACAGCCAGUUCAACUACGGCAUGCAGGUACUGAUGUACUCUGUGCAGGAGGCGAUCAGUGGCAGACCUCGCUGGGUCAGAACAGGAGCAGACAUCUGUUACUACAAGAAUCAUUUUGCGAGGAGUUCCAUCGCAGCUGGUGGUCAAAAAGGAAAAUCGUAUUAUACAAUGACCUUCAGCACAACCUUCAGCCAUAAGGAUGAUGUCUGCUACUUUGCCUAUCACUACCCAUACACAUACUCCACUCUUAAGAUGCACCUGGCCAAACUGGAGGCUCUGAGGACACCUCAGAUCUACCUGAGACAAGACAACCUGUGUGAAACCCUGGGAGGAAAUGACUGCCCGCUCCUUACCAUCACUGCCAUGCCUGAGUCAAACUCCAAUGAUCAUAUCUGCCAGUUCAGGAAUCGUCCAUUGAUCUUCCUGUCGGCCAGAGUGCACCCUGGAGAGACCAAUGCCAGCUGGGUAAUGAAGGGCACACUGGAGUUCCUGAUGGGCACCAGCCCGCUUGCAGUCAGCCUGAGAGAGGGCUUCAUCUUCAAGAUAGUCCCCAUGCUCAACCCUGACGGAGUUGUAAAUGGAAAUCAUCGUUGUUCUCUGAGUGGAGAGGAUUUGAAUCGGCAGUGGCAGAACCCCAAUCCUGAGCUCCACCCCACCAUCUACCACACUAAGAGCCUGCUGCAGUACCUUGUACACAUGCAAAGAACACCACUGGUGUUUUGCGACUACCACGGUCAUUCCAGAAAGAAAAAUGUGUUCAUGUACGGCUGCAGCGUGAAAGAGACAGUCUGGCAGUCCAAUAUCACUGCUACGUCCAGUGACUUACAGGAAGACCUUGGAUACAGGACUCUCCCUAAGAUCCUGUCUCAGAUCGCCCCGGCCUUCAGCAUGGGGAGCUGCAGUUUUGUUGUGGAGCGCUCCAAAGAAUCGACUGCCCGUGUUGUUGUAUGGAGAGAGAUAGGAGUUCAGCGCAGCUACACCAUGGAGAGCACGCUUUGUGGUUGUGACCAGGGAAAAUAUAAAGGUCUUCAGAUCGGCACCAGAGAGCUGGAGGAGAUGGGAGCUCAGUUCUGCGUGUCCCUGCUGAGGCUGAAGAGGCUGACGGGGCUCCGCAACCACCAACACCUGCUGGAUUUGGAAAACGAUAUCAUGACACACACGAAAGUAGUCAGCAGUAGCACCACCACCUACGUGCUGGAAGAGGAUGAGCCCGACUUUCUGGAGGCGAUAGACUACAGCGCAGAAAGCAACGACGAGGACGCCGAGGCCGAAAUCGAGCAAGUUGGCGAAAUCCUUGAGAUUCCCGAUCAGCUGUCGGACUCCGAGACAAAUCACAGGGAAUAACGCCGAGGUGUUUAUCUCCUCUUUACUUGGCAAUCUGAGCAUUAAAGCAGCCAGUGUUUGGAUUGUUAGCUAAAAUGAAAGAUUUCACUGGUGAAUAGUCAGAACCCACCCACAAUAAACUUUCACUUGACCCUCAUAUAUAUAGACAAUUAUCAUACGUAGGCUGUGCUGACACCGAUCGGGUGCUGUUUUUCCCAGCUGUGUUGCUCCUGCGGGUGCAUAUUCCACCUGCCUCUCACUUCCGACAGGAUGGAUUUCAAUGAAUGUUCUCACCUUUCACCGUCAUACUAUAACCUACAUGAACUGUAACCCCUGACCUCAGACACCAUGUAGCCUCUGAGAUUCACAUAUAGCUAGCCAGAGCAGCAAACAGCAGGCACCGCCGAUCCUUAACUUGAACCCUUGACCACACGCUCAUUUUUCACAGCCGAUCUCACACUGGCGCUACCUGACACGGCUGCAGUAGUGUAAUAGAGCCUUCUCUCUGUACUGUUUUUGAAACCUCUCUCACCUGUGACCCCGUGUUUUGAUCAAAACACUCCUGGUGAUCGAGGGAAACUGGAUCUCCUCCACUGACCAGCUUAGAGAUCCAACCAAACUGCCUUCUUAUUUCCCUUUUCUUUCCUUUCUGUAGUCUCACCCUGCACUUUAACUUUCAACUCCUUUGGUUGUUUAGGCCGUCCUCGUGUCUUUCCUUGCUUGCCCAUCCUUUUUUUUUUCCCCCGACAAGCCAAGGUGUCUAAAUGUGAUACAGGGAUGAUCGAACGGCUCUUAGCUUAGCUGCACGUUAAUCAUCCCGAGUGUGUCAUGUAGAAAAACCCACUCAGAUGUUACUGCACUUGAGUCGUGACCUCACUUCCCCCGUCCUCUUCGGCCGCAGUGCACGUGGUCCGAUCGUCCAUGUGCUGUUUGCCUUGCUUUUUCCAAAACUGAAACUAUUUAUAUCACUCAGAUGUAGAAUGUUCACGUCUUUAUCAAGACACACCUUGUACAGCUCAUGAAAUGCAGAUAUAACCACGCGGCACAGACUAACUAACACAGGUUCAGUGUGAGUGUCUCGCUCAGCAGUAGAAACAUGAAGAUGGAAUGUAAAAUAAACCGCAAAGCGAUGUUGGUGUUUUUCAUUGUUUUAAAGAACAGUCAGUAUUAAAAUAUUAAGACAGAGCCGUGACGAACAAGAUGCAUGAGCUGCAGAGAGCAGAAAACCCCUUUUGCACUUUGGAUAAACACUAUACACACAAAUCAAAGAGAAACAAACUGUCUGGGAGAGAAACAUCAGCUUCACGUCACAGUUUGCAAACCUCAACUUUCAGUCACCUCAUUAGUUUGAAGUUCUCAGAGCUCAGCCCCAAAGCUGAUGGUAACGUUGCUGUGAUGUUUUAAAGAAUCAUACUGGAAUUUAGUUUCCUUUCUAUCCUUUCCUCCGACCUGUGUGUACACUUUGUGGUUUUGCUUAGGAGAGAACCCGUGCAUAACAGAUGGUGCUUCGUCCUGAGAGUAUAAAGAUGUAGCGUGUUGCAUAAUUCUUGACGUGUUUAUGGAGAUGAGAGAUGUUUCUGUUGCAUUUGUACAGCUAGCGCAUGGCUAUGUUUUUUUUUUUUUUUUUUUGUAAUUUAUUAUUAUUGUUUCUGAGGUUUCAAAAGAGGCAUUUUGAGUGUAUGAGUGUAAGUGUGUGUGUGCAGGAGUUUAAGUUAUUCCAUUAUUUAGCUCAGCUAAUAUCCUUACAGUGUGUUUCUUCCUUUAAAUUUGAUUACCUGCCUCACUCUCCUUCACCUCCCCUCCAGUCAUUUUCUCCUCCCUCUCUCCUCUUUCAUUCCCUUGUUUUCUACUUUCUCUCAAAUGUUUCUCAUGGUCAUCUUAAAAAAACCCAGGGAGGUCCUUGUUCUGGGAGCGUGUGUGUGUGUGUGUGGAACACAUAGGUGAUACCUUGCGUGUGUGCUGUUUUAUGUAUUUUAUUUGUCCGUAGCAGGUUAUGCUGGGCUACUUCUGUUUUUAUGUUUGUUUGGAGGUACAUGAGCUGAGAUGGAAACUCAUUUUAAUUUGAUUGCAACACAGAAAACUGAAGCUAAGAGUGAACAUGGGAAAUAAAAUGUGAAUGUGGUAAACCGUA